AUGAAUAAUAUUUUAUCAAUAUAUCUUCAACCUUUUUGGAAUAGUUUUUUGGAUAAAUUUGAUGAAGAUAACUUACUGUUUUACGGUUCUUUAUUUCUUCAUUUUUUUUCAUUCAUAGUUUUCAUAAUACCCUUCAUAUUACUUGAUAAAAUACCUUAUUUUAAUAAAUAUAAAAUCCAAAAAAAUAAAAAAAAUGAUAAUAAUAUUAAAAAAAUUAGUUUUAUAUUAUUUUAUCAUUUGUUGCUAGAUAUACCUUUGAUGUACACAAUGAGACCGCUUCUAAAGUAUUUGGGAUAUAAAGUCAGAGCACCUUUACCUACAAUUACAAGCCUACUAUUUUCAACAUUUCUUAGUUUUUUAUUUGAUGAUUUUUUUUCAUACUUUAUUCAUAGAUUAUUACACACCCCAUUUUUUUAUAAAAAAAUUCAUAAAGCACACCAUAACAUUUCAGCACCCAGUGGAUUACAUGGAGAAACAGCACACCCAGUUGAAGUGAUUACCUAUGGAGCAUUAACUUUUUUUGGAACAUCUUUAUAUCAAAGAGAUCUGUUUACAUUUUGGUUUAUAAUUACUGUUAAAAUUUAUGAAACCAUUGAAACCCAGUCUGGUUAUGAAAUUCCCUGGUUACCCACCAAAUUAAUACCUUUUUGGGGUGGUUCAAAAUUUCAUGACUAUCACCAUAAAUAUUUUAAAGGAAAUUAUGCACCCACAUUCACUUAUUUAGAUAAAUUAUUUGGAACUUUUAAAAAAGAGUAA